AGGGUGGGCCAGGCGCGUGCCCUGUGGUCGGUUGUUACCACCCUGGGCGCAAAGGCCCCCCUUUCCCUUUCAGCACAGAUGUCAGUUUGUACUGGGGCAGAGCUGUUGUCUGGAGAGUUUGCUGGCAUCUUCCAAAGAGGUGUAGGAAACGCGGAAUUUACAACUUUCUCAGACAAAUAGAUUCUCACCUUCCAGCCUGCCACCCCAAAGCCAAGCCACCCAGUAAGACCACUUCCAACAGCCUCAGCAGGGAGGUACUGAAUUUUUCACAUGUAAUUUGGAAGCUAAAUCAAUCACAGAAAUGAAACGUGCAAAGCAUCCAUCAAACAUUAGUGUGAAAUUGACAAGUGUUCCAGAACUACCUUAUAACAAAGGCUUACUGAAUUCAUCACCUAAGCCAAAAGAAAAACAUAAUGCCAAGUCGACACCUGAUAAAAUUGAACCAAUGGUCAUUAGGUCUCCACCCACCGGAGAAUCAAUUGUACGGUAUGCCUUGCCAAUACCAUCGACUAUGAUGAAAGAUUUAGUAUCAGAUGCUGAAAUGGUCAGGAGGAUUGCCACAAAUAUGAAGAUGCUUGUUACUAACUUGGAAGAAACCUAUGGAGUUUGCUAUGAUGAUGAAGAAAAAGAAGCAGAAAAAAGUGAAGCAGAAGGCUUUUCUGUUGGUGAUGAUGUGAGUUCAUUCUUGUUGUGCUGUUCACAAUUUGCUGCUCAGCUGGAGGAAGCAGUUAAGGAAGAAUAUAAUAUUUUGGAGUCUCUUUUCAAGUGGUUUCAGCAGCAAGUCAACCAAAUAGAGGAGAUAGGUAAAGAUAGUUUACAAAAAGAUCGUCCAUCAGAUGUUAAAUUCGUCAAAAAGAACAUUACACAAAUUGCAAGGCUCAUGCAUAAAAUUGAACAUAUUAGAGGUCGCCUAAGAGAGCGUAAUUUGUCCACACAGUCUAAAAAAAUGGAUAAAGAGAUACCACCAGAAUUAAUAAAAUCUUAUGGACUUGUAGAAAAGCAAAUUGAAGAGUUCAUAACAUCCCAUUCAGCUUUAGAAUCUCAAACUGAAACUGAAAGUCAGCCAGGAACUCCUUCUUCAAUGGCUAAUCGAGUGACUAUGAUGAUGAAAAUAUUUGAAAACCAGACAGCUAUGUUACACAAAGCUUUAAAUGAUCAGCAUACAAUUGAGUCUAAAUAUAAACAGAUGGAAACUAAUUAUGAAAAUUUAAUAUUGAAGAAAAACCUGCUAGAAGGUGAAAUACAAAGGCUGAGAGAUCCCGAGAGAGUAAAGUCUGCAACCAAAUUAGAGCGAACUAAGAAACCUGGAAAAUCAGAAAAGAAAAAGGAUAAAGAUUUAGAAAGGAAUAUAUCUCCAAACAGAGAAUUUAAAUCAUUUGAAGAACUGCAUCAAAUCCAAGAAACUGAAAGAAAUAAGACUCAACUCGAUAAUGUCCUACCUCAAAAGUCAGAGAUGUUUAAAGAAGAGAGAACUAAAACAAAACGGGGCCAGAGUCAGAAUAAAUCAAAGGUUAAGAUUGAAGAUUCAAAGGAUUCCUUACCAAAGAAGAGUGACACACAGUUGGGUGAACAAAGGAAGGAUCAGAUCUCAUCUGAUCAAAGUAAAAGGUCAGUUAGUGAAAGAGCCAAAUAGAAUUUGUGAAGUACUUUGGAAGCCCCUCAACCUUCCCAGAGUGGAUGGGAGCAGAGGAAGAUUCCACCUCAGCAAAUAUAUGGCAUUGCUUGCAAUAAAAAACAUUCUUCUGCA